UUUGAAAAAAAUAUAUUCAGAAAAUCUUUGUGGUUCAAAUGGAGUUUUUAGCAAAGCAUAUUACUAAUCAAAAAUCAAAAGGUUUUUUUAGUAGGAAAUUUACAAAAUAUCUUCACAGAACGUCUAUAAAUAAUUUUGACAUAAAAUAAACAUCCAUUUGACCCAUACAAUAUUUUGUGGGCUAUUGCUACAAAUAUACCCGUGUAUAUACUGGUUUUGUUGUCCGAUAUCACAUAUUUGAUACACACCAUUUACCAAGAGGCAUCUUCAGGCAUUAUACCUAAAAAGCCCACUGCACAUGCGUACAUUGAGUGGGAAGUGUAUCUGAGAAAAAGAGCUCUUUUUCAGAAAGCAAGAAGGCCCUCCUUUCUUCAGUCAGCUGUGUUUUAGUCUUGUGGUCUUGUUGGGCAACGGACAUUGCUUCACUUGGACUCCUCCACUGAACUGAUGGCGCUGUUAAAGCUGUUCCUCGAGGUUCUUCUGCUCCUUCAGUUUGAACUGCAGCUGUUGGAUGGAGCUGAACCUCAGAACCUGAACUGUCCUGCAUACGGUGGAGUUCCUGGCACUCCUGGACACAACGGACUUCCUGGGAGAGAUGGAAGAGAUGGUAAAGAUGGAGCGAUCGGACCCAAGGGAGAGAAGGGAGAGUCAGGACUGAGUGUUCAGGGACCACCAGGUAAAGCGGGACCUCCUGGGCCAGCUGGAGAAAAAGGGGAAAGGGGACCUUCAGGUUCACAAGGGUCUCCUGAAACUGAACGUGUUCUUGAAUCCCUGAAAACUGAGAUCCAGCAACUUAAAGCCAAGAUUGCCAUAAUUGAAAAAGUUGCGAGUUUCGGCCACUUCAGACAUGUUGGACAGAAAUAUUACUUCACUGAUAGUGUUGAGGGGACUUUUAGUCAAGGAUUAAAAUACUGCAAAGAUUUGGGUGGAACAAUGGUUUUCCCCAGAUCUUCUAUAGAAAAUGAAGCGUUGUUGAAAUUAGCAGUAUCCAGUGGUUUAAUUCGUAAGAAGCCAUACAUUGGAGUCACAGACAGAGAAACGGAGGGACGGUUUGUGGACACUGAUGGGAAGCUAUUGACUUUUACCAACUGGGGUCGUGGUCAACCUGAUGACCAUAAGGGACUACAAGACUGUGGUGUUAUAGACGAGUCUGGCUUUUGGGAUGAUGGCAAUUGUGGUGAAAUACGUCCUGCUGUGUGUGAAAUAAACAACAAAUAGAAUGUAUCCACCUUUUUCUUUGAUGAAGUAAACCUAUGGGUGAGACUUCCGGUUCGUUUCAUUCAUGCCAUUUUUAUGCUAAGAUAAACUGUGGAUAUCCUUCAAAAACGACAGUGUAUAUAAAAUAUACAAAUAAUAACUGAUA